UGUUACCGAGAGGAGUAGUCAUAUGUUCCUCUACAUUUUGUAACUAAGCACUAUUCUGUCGACAUUGAGGCAAAGUGAGCAAGCGACGGUGUUUUCACAGUUUGGCGGUUUGUAGGCAACCGACGUCACUGCGCAGUGCAUUCUGGGACGUAAACAAGAGGGCGCCGCCGCCAUAUUGUGAGGCCACAUCGGGCGAGAAUUAAAGUAUGAACAUAUCUGUAAAAAUAUGUUGAAAAGUCAAUUAAAAGAACGAAAUGUACUAUACAGAGACAAACUUCUACCGGACGCAAGAAAACGGUACCUGGAAAAGAUGGCAUUGAUCGGAAAUCUGGAUCCGUAUGAGGUGCUUGCAAGAGAAUGUAGUCGAGACCCCGACGAUUUGCCUCCUCUGACAUUUGCAGAUAUUUUUGUAUAUUUAGUCUGUGUGUCCCAGAACUUGUGGCAAAACAUUACUCAAAGGACAUGCAGCCUCAUGUUCCAAAUGAAAAAGAGCAGUAGUAAAGAAGUGGCUGUUGUUUAUGAAAGAAUUGCCCUUAGGCCUACUCAGUUAAGAGUUUUUUUUUUUUUUUAAAGUGUUAUACUUGACUCAAAGAGUUUUAGUUUGUUACUUGAAGUUUAGUGUUUCAAAGUAGUUCAACACAAGAAGCACAAGGAACUAAACAUUGCAAUUUGCAGGAGAUUUUUUUUUUAUUAAAAUAUAAGUUUUUAAUUAUCAAAUUGUCAUCUGAAGUAUUUCAUGUACAAAUAGCAUACCAUGUUCAUUCUAAGGCAGGUACACACACCCCCACAAAAAAAUACAAACAUGUUCAAUCUCUUAAUGAUAUCUUUGCUGAUCUUUUGCUCUGUGGAGUCUGGGCACGUGACGUCACGCCGCAGUGUGUUCUGGGAGAUCAGCCAUGGCUGUUGGCGGUUGUUUGUUGUCGGGCAGCGCGUGCGCGGGUUUGUUUGUUUGUUUGUUUGUUUGUUUGUUUGUUCCGCUCGGUAACUUUACAUAUCUGAGAUAUUAAUGGGGGGGGGAACGGCUGCGUUACAAACUGCCGCCGCAGGUCUCACGACCACCGCGGGAGGAAGAUCCCACACGGGCUAACUUUCCACUGUUUCCCCGCCUGGAGGAGGAACGAAGGCGGCCAGAUAUCUGCGCUAACGAGGAGGAGGAGGUCGGCCUGGGUGGCUGCUGUCGGCCGCGGCAGCAUCACCUUCCACCACACAUCUGAGAGUGUGCUCCCGACACUUUCUCUCCGGACACGGAAGCUACGUGAGACCGUAGCAGUAGCAACUGGUGGAGGUGGAUGUUGGUGGUGUUGAUAUCACAUCCAAGUUCAAACAGGGCGGGAUGGUGAACGCGUGCUGUGUCGUCAACUGCCAUAACCGUUCUUGCGACCGGCGCGGGAAGCGGAUCGAUAACGGGGUGCGAUUUUUCAGCUUUCCGGCCUGGAAGCAAAAGUCUGGCGCUCAGGUGGCGGAGUUAACGAAGAGGCGUCGCGUGGCGUGGGUGGCAGCUGUAGGACGAGCAAACAUCACCUUCAGCAACAUUUCCCGACACAUGUUCGUGUGUUCGCGGCAUUUUCACGCAGGUAAACCAGCGUAUGAAAUGCUGGAGUCCGAUCCAGACUGGGUCCCAUCGCUGCAGCUGGGUCACAGCGAAGGAAACCGCAGACGCACUGAGCGUCUCCUCCUGCCCGAGCAGCCAGAGAGAGACCAGAAACAAAGAUGGACGACAGAGACGGGACCUUCACGCGCGUCCAGAGCCCCUCAGAGAGAAUCAGGAGGUCCCGCGAGGCCAGCUGUCCGUCCCUGGAGAGACGUUAAACCUCUGCUGCAGUCGCUUCUGCAGCGUGAAAACAGAGACGACCAGCCUCCUGCUGCGAAGAAGAUGGACCUCAGCUUCAGAGACUUCUUCAGAGACGCUCUCGAGGCUUCUCUGGAGGCCUCCAGCAGGUCCAGGACCCUUUCGGCCCGGCAGCCCUCCGUCUCCAGGGACUACAAAGUGGACCAAAACUUUAAGCUUCCACCUGUAAAGGAGGAGAAUCCGACGUCGUCCUCCUGCUGUCUGAACUGUGUCAGACUGCAGAGGAGGAUCGUGGAGCUGCAGGAGAAGCUGUCACGUCUCACAGGAGAACAGGAGGACGCGGAGGCCUCACCCGUCUUCAGCCAGCUCCAACCAGACCAGGACCUGCAGAGUCCCGAGACAGUCCGCAUAAAAGAGGAAGAACCUGCGUGGACGGAGCCUCUCUCGCCUCCUCAGGUGCUUCUCCACGAAGGUGAUCAGGACGUGGACACGACCGCCGAGUCGACUCCCACCGGCGCUGCGGUUUCUCAGGACAAGUCAUCCGAGCGCCCUAAGCUUCGACGGCCUCCUCGCUUCAAGAUGGCCUGGCUGAAAAUGUUCCGGUUCCUCCGUUACUCACAGGCGUUCGAUCAGAUGUGGUGCCACGUCUGCCGCCUCCACGCCGACAAGUCCCGCCAGAACUUGGCUUUAAUCAAAGGCUCCAGGAUGUUUAAGGUCCACAACAUCAAGAAGCACAGCGACAGCAAGCACCAUAAAGACAAUCUGGAGCGCCACAUGCUGCACACGUGUGACCUGAAGCUGUGAGACAUUCACGUUUCGCUGCUCUGAGAUCCUCUCCAGACUUCAUGUAAAUAUUGUUGAUUUUUAAAGUUUGGCUGCUGGACACAAGAUGUCUCCUGCUUCUAGGGGUGGGAAUCCCCAGAGGGGCCCACGACACUGUAUUAUCAUGAUACUCGAUACGAUUUUAAACAUUUUGUGAUUUAUUACCUUUUUUUUCAACUGCAAAUUAUGUCCUGAAAGGAAAACUUCCUGUUUUAUUAAAGGGAUAAAGUUUUCAGUCUGUCCGUCUCACCAACCCCGCUGACCUCACCAGGAAACCCCGGCACCCUCUAGUGGACUGAAAAAGCAACUGAUUUUAUUAUUCCAGUAACAAAAGGUAAUUUUUUUGUGAAUGCAACAUUAAUAAUUUAUAUGAUAAUAGGUCGAUACUUGG